AUGGAUGUAAAUGGAUCUUCCCAUGACUUCAGUCCUCCUGCGACACCUCCCAACUUUUUCACCACGGCACUACCAUUGUCACCGCCCUUAGCAAGAGCAGCUUUAUUGAAUACAAAGUCAUCAUCCUACAACAGCAGCAGCAGCAGUGGUGAUGGUGGGGAUGAUGAUGAUGAUGAUGAUACACGUCUUGCCACUCUCUUUACCGAUGAACAACAAAGCACCAUCAUACAAUUCAAGACACUCUUUCAACAACUCACCUCUCAACAAAAACAAUAUUUAUUAUACGAGAUUGUCAACUGCUGCGAUAGUACUCAGCUGACGUAUCUCAACGAUGUCAUUGCUCCUCGCCUCAAGAUUGACUUUUUAAAGGAGUUGCCUAUUGAAAUAUCGCUUCAUGUAUUAUCCUUUAUUGAUGAUCCAAAGACGUUGGCGCGUGCAUCGUGUGUAUCCACCUUCUGGAACUCAUUACUCAAGGAUGAAGCCACGUGGAAGCUGUUGUGCAUGAAACACCAAUACAACCGCCGACGUAAUUCAAGUAUCUCUGGUGGCGAAUUGCUAGACCCUCCCAGCCGUCGACUCAACUUUUCGUAUCGUGAAUACUUUAAGCGCAAGUACAACAUCGCUUCAGCAUGGGCGCAUGGUGGCCACGUUAAAGUGGUCGAGGAUGGAUUUGGUGACGUCUUGGUGACAUCGUUGCAGUUUGAUGAUAAAUACAUUGUCGUUGGCUGUGACAACCAUCGAAUCGAAGUCUUUGAUACCCAAACAGCACGCAAGAUUCGUACACUGGAAGGACAUGAAGGUGGCGUAUGGGCAUUACACUUUAAGGGUGGUGAACGACAUGAUCCAGAACGCGUCCUUGUAUCGGGUGCCUGCGACCGCGAUGUACGGGUUUGGAAUUUGGACACGGGUCGUCUUAAGCAUGUGUUGCGAGGACAUACUUCCACGGUGCGGUGUCUCAAGAUGAGGGACAAACGUAUUGCCGUGACAGGCUCAAGAGAUGCAACGGUGCGUGUAUGGGAUAUUCAAAGGGGUGUCAUGCUGCAUCUCCUGCAUGGGCAUCAAACAAGUGUACGUUGCUUGGAUAUCAGUGGCGAUAUUGUAGCUUCGGGAUCAUACGACUCGACCGCACGAUUAUGGGAUUUACGUACAGGAAGAUGUCAACACGUGCUUGAAGGACAUUAUUCACAAAUCUACGCUAUCGCCUUUGAUGGUCAUCGUGUUGUUACCGGUUCGCUUGAUUCGAAUAUCCGUGUCUGGUCACCUGAAACAGGCCAAUGCUUGGCGACACUUCAUGGACAUACUUCACUUGUGGGGCAGCUUCAAUUAAGCGGGAAUACGCUUGUGAGUGGUGGAUCGGAUGGAUGCUUACGCAUGUGGGAUUUACAACAUUACGAAUGCGUUGAACAAGUAUCAGCUCAUGACAACUCAGUGACAUGUCUUCAAUUCGAUGAUCGACGCAUGAUCAGUGCUGGGAAUGAUGGUCGUAUCAAAUUGUGGGAUAUGCGUCAGGGUCAAUUCAUUCGGCAAAUGAGUCAGCCAUCAAUGACGGUAUGGGCCAUCCAAUUCAAUGAUACACGUGCUGUCAUGUUGAUGCGAAGAACACGUCCUGAUCAACCCAAUCAUUGGCAAACUAUCAUGGAAGUGCACGAAUUUGAUAUACUGCAACACCACGACGACACUACCUCUACCACUACUACAUCAAAUCGCAACACUCUUAUGGCGCCCUAUUCGGCAUCUUUUUCGUCCUUGUCAUCCUCUUCAAUCAUGGAUACAGACGAGAUGAUUUAA